UCUCUGCAAGUUUCUUUCUGGCGCACAUUCUAGUCAGCAAUAUCAGAGACAUGAGACUGUGGGAAUACAUGCUCAUGGUGAAUCCUAUCACUUACCGUUAUUUCCAAACCUUAAUAUGGCUUACAUGGUACCAACUCCAUCACACAUCGGCGACGAGUAUAUCGUACGAGUAUCAGCCUUGGCUUGCGACUGACCAGACACCAGACUGGGGCUGUCCGAGUCACAGCACAAUGUGCAACUUGUUAUGCAAAUCUAAUGGGAGUGUCUUUGGCUACUGCAAUGGUAAUACAGAAAAUGGCGGUUGCCGCUGUUUCGACAAAGUAGAACUGAAAAAAGGUCUUUUAAAGAACAAUUUUCUUAAAAGAAAUGGCCUGGAAAAAGUAACUUUUCCUGGAGUGAAGUGUUCGACAGGAAUACAUGUAUGUGAUGUGUUGUGCUUAAAACUCGAUGCCUAUUUGCCCUGUGUGGUGGCCGGACCCCAGACACAUGUAAUUGCUACUAUAAAAUGGUACACACGCCGAGAAAUCGACGCACAGCCUUUUGUCGGCGAGUGCUGGGAAUGUAGCGAUGGCGGCUGUCUGCUGUGGGUCAUGGCGGACUCCAGAGUUGCCGAUGAGUUGUGCUCGGAAGAGGAGGUCUUCGUUGAGACAGACGAGCAGAACGAGUUAGAUGAAGGCCUCGACGAAACGGUAGUGAGCCGACCGACGGCGAAAAAGGAGCAGGAUAGAAUCGCGUUGCACGUGGUCCUGUGGGCGUCCAAGGAGCGCAGGCAAGGUUCCAUAAAACACGGAAGCAGAUGA